UCAUGGUUGCCGAGGAAAGCAAACUUAACGGCUCCGUCUCAUGAUCUAACGGAACCUUGCGAUUCUGUUGACACUUGGACGGCGGCAGACAGCUCAUGUGCUUCUUUGCUUCAUCCUAUAUAAAUGGGCACCUCGGCCACCGCUUCCCGGCCUUGGGAGUGUUCCUUUUGCUCGCUCUGUCGAUCUCAGUCGUUUGAUCGCUUUGCCGGAAGAGUUGAUGUCGGAGGAAAGAGGCAGGCCCUUGCCGAAGUUUGGCGAGUGGGAUGUCAACGAUCCUGCUUCCGCAGAGGGGUUCACUGUGAUCUUCAACAAAGCACGUGAUGAGAAGAAAACUGGUGCAAAUACACAUGAAACGGACUCUCCGGCUAAGGAGGAUCCAAAUUUUAAACCUGGAACUUAUUCUUCCAGGUCACCUUCUAGGAAAUGGUUUUGCUGCAUUCAAGGAUCCACAGAACCUUAGAGAUGGUUGGAUGCUUGUCACAUAGAAGUUACGGAAUCAAAAUUUUUCCCUUGGUUUGUGGCAUUUUCAAGUGACAGGUAGCAAUAACCAUCUUAACAGUGGAUGUCUGAUGGUUAGAGUGAGCAUGGUGUGGAAGAAAGCUGGGAGAACAACGUUCUUAUUCUUGUUCAUGUUCAUCUGUGGUAACAUGAACUGAUUAAUGCACAUUGGUCCAUCCUAAUUGUUCGUAGUUGGCAUUUUUGUUUCAAUUAAGACCUAUAUCGCCUUUUGUUUCGAUGAUGUGAUUUGUUUCAUUUAUUGGUGAAUAAUGUCUGCCCUCAUUUGCAUUUGUUGUUUUA